UAGCAUAGUCUUGGUCUUUCUAAUCUCUAUUACGUAUACAUUAUGGAAGGCCUGCAAGCCACAAAUCGUCCUCCAUGGUUUCGAUUUGGUCGCCCACUAACCCCAGCUCCCGCCCCCGCCCCCGCCCCCGCUCCUACACCCUCACCGGCUCCAACCACCCCUGCACCGCAGCCAAGGCCAACAUCUUUUCCACCCGCAAUUGCCCCAACAUUUAGGCCUCCAACUCCACUAUCUGAGCCUGCCCCACGACCACCAACACCCGCUGCUUCACCUCCUCUUUCUCCUCCAAUAACUCCUUUGCCUACACCGUCACCAACUACUGUGGCACCACCACCACCCCCUGCUCCUCUAGCCAGUGCUCAGCCACCACCGACUACCGUUGCACCAGCACAACCUCCAACCGCUGUCGUUGCGCCUAUUCCUGCCGCCACUACUCAGACACCACCAACUACUAUAGCACCAGCACAACCUCUAGGACCUGCUCCUGCAUCUCCUCGUCCUCCCACCAUACCACCACUACCGACUACUGUUGCACCACCAUUGCCACCUGCUCUUGUACCUCCUCCUCGUCCUUCCAUUGCCCCACUACCACCUGCUGGAGUUGCAGUUAUUCCUGCCGUCACUACUCAGACACCACCGACUACUAUAGCACCAGCACCACCUCUACCACCUGCUCCUGCAUCUCCUCGUCCUCCCACCACACCAACACUACCGACUACUGUUGCACCACCAUUGCCACCUGCUCCUGUACCUGCUCCUCGUCCUUCCACUGCCCGAUUACCACCUGCUGUAGUUGCACCUAUUCCUGUCACCACUACUCAGACACCACCGAUUACUACAGCACCAGAACCAUCUCUACCACGUGCUCCUGAAUAUCUUCGUCCUCCCACCACAUCACCACUGCCGACUACUCCUGUGCCACCAUUGCCACCUGCUCCUGCAUCUCCUCCUCCUCCUCGUCCCACUGCUCCACUACCACUUGUUUCUGCAUCUCCUCGUGCUGUCACAAAAACGCCACCUCAAUUCCCCCUAAUCAGGCCUACUUUUACUACGCCACCUCCUCUAACUCUACCUUCAGCCCAAAUGAAGCCUGAAACUGAUCGUGAAUCAAAGAUACCAAUGGAAGCUGAGCAGAAAAGCGUGUUGGUGCAAGAAACCAUUGGUAAACCCAAGGUGAUGCCUAAGACUUCCAAUGUGGAUCAGGAAAGGUAUGUCAAAGGGAAUGGAGAAGUUACUAAAGACAAAGGUACCCAUAAGAAGCAGCUUUCAGAUUCAGAAGAGUUUGGUACGAGGAUUAUAACAAUUGCAGGUGAAAAUAAAGGUGCUAGCAUGGAAUUGAGUUUGAACCCUUCCCGCAAGACACCUUACAAGAAAGGUAGUCCCAAAGCUUGGAGUGAGGGUGAGAAAAAUGGAAGUGAUAAUGGCAACAAUAAGGAAGAAGGAAGAUCCAAAACAACGGACAAAGGUCAAAAGAUGAACAUGGCAAAGCAGUCACCACCCCCCAUGAAUGCCUUCGUGAAUAGUAACGUACAGGGUGUGAACAACUCAUUUUUGUACAAUUGUCAUUGCACUCACCAUGAUCCUGGUGUCCACCUUUCUCUCUCUAGAAAGGCCGGCGAUGUUGAAGAGGGAAUUCACCUGAAGGAAAGCAUCAAAAAUUGACAUGUUUAAAUGGAUAAAGUGAGGGUAUCGGAUUUCUAUGUUUCACUUUCAAGAAUUACAAGUACUAGAGACUGUGAUGAAAUAAAAAUAUGAGUGAUAAUUAUAAUGAAUGGGGGCAUGAAUUGUGAUUCUCCAAGGUUGCAUUCCAGUACUCCCAUGGAAAGUGACUGAAGAGGGUCCCACGCCUUGUUAAUAUUGAGGGAGGUAGUUCUAUAUAUUAUGAAACAAGUAAAUAAUAAAUGGCACAGUUUGGAAUUCACUUUGCG